AUGCCCCCUCCCGUCGAAGAUACUUCUGGUGAUGAAUCAGGAGGAGAUAUUCCCUUCAGCACUGCGAAAACAGAAACCCGAGAUCAGAAUGGAGAUCAGACCAGUGAUCAAGAUGAUGAUGACGAGGAAGAGGAGGGAAUUUAUGUUGUCGAAUCGAUCGCCACACAUGACUUUCUUGAUGAUGGAACUCUCACGCUGCAUGUGAAAUGGAAAGGAUAUGAAGAUGAGAAGGAUAUGACCUGGGAACCCGAGGAAAAUCUGAAGGAUGGCGCGCACGAUGUGUUAGCAGCGUACUACCGGAAAAUCGGCGGACGUCCUAAGAAGCCUAUCAAAACACCGGCAAAAUCAGGCCCGGGCCGCAAGCGCAAGUCAAUGGGCGAAGCAAAAGCAUCGCCUGCCCCGAAGCCUGAGAUCAAGAGGCGACGAAAGUCGGCAAUCGCAGAGACCCCUGAUGAGACUCCCAAAAAGGCGGAAAGUGAAAGUGAAGAUGAAGCUACUUGGGUUCCCAAGGGAAAAAAUUGGGACAAAGAAGUAGAUCUCGUUGAUACUCUCAGCCGGGAUCCAGAGACCGAGGUGCUUUUCGCAUUGUUGAAGUGGAAGAAUGGAAAGUUAUCGCGGGUUGCCGCUGAGACGUGUUACGAGAGGUGCCCCCGGAAAAUGCUUGAGUUCUAUGAGCAGCACCUAGUGUUCAAGGAUAACUAA